CUUAACAAUUGUGUCAGUUCCUUUCGUAGGCAUUACGUUAGUUAAUUGCGAAAUCACACAGACUGAGUGCAUGUUUGGUUUCCAGUUGAAAUUGUUGCAUCACCUAUUUCAAUGCAGACUCAACAAAUAAAAGUAAAAUGAAAGCAAAAGCAAGAAUCUUGAUCCUUGGCAAAAUUACUUUUGCUUCAAAAGUCACUUUGUACCGGAUUGUCAAACAUGCUCUCAGUUAGCGGCAUCUAUUUAUUCCUUGCCUAUGCCUUCUGCUUUUAAUUUCCUCACAACUUCUCUGCUUCCCUUUCUCCCUCUCUAUCGAGGAAACAUGGUAUUUUUGGGUGUUCUCUUGGUGGGGUUUCUCUUAGGUGCUUAUGGGGACAGUGAUGGUUGGAUGGAUGCUCAUGCUACCUUCUAUGGAGGGGGCGAUGCCUCUGGCACAAUGGGUGGAGCUUGUGGAUAUGGAAACCUGUAUAGCCAGGGCUACGGAACUAACACGGCUGCUUUGAGCACGGCCUUGUUCAACAAUGGUUUGAGCUGUGGGGCUUGCUUUGAGAUCAAGUGUGUCAAUGACCAAAGGUGGUGCCUUCCAGACACAGUUGUGGUCACUGCCACCAAUUUCUGUCCACCAAACAAUGCCCUCCCAAAUGAUGCAGGUGGCUGGUGCAACCCUCCCCUUCAACAUUUUGAUCUCUCUCAGCCUGUCUUCCAACAAAUAGCUCAAUACAGAGCUGGCAUAGUACCUGUGGCUUACAAAAGGGUCCCAUGUCAAAAGAGAGGAGGCAUCAGGUUCACCAUCAAUGGCCAUUCUUACUUCAAUCUAGUCCUAAUCACCAAUGUUGGUGGUGCUGGUGAUGUUCAAGCAGUUUCAAUCAAAGGUUCAAGGACUAAUUGGCAACCAAUGUCCAGAAACUGGGGUCAGAACUGGCAAAGCAACACUUACCUCAAUGGACAAAGCCUCUCCUUUAAGGUUACCACUAGCGAGGGCCGCACCUUGGUCUCUAACAAUGUUGCCCCUGAUAGCUGGUCCUUUGGCCAGACCUUCACAGGGAAACAAUUCAAUUAAGAGACAUAGAAGGACAUAGCAACACUUUACAGUUAGUUUCUGGAAGCGUUGGCACUUAAAAUUAGUGUAUCAUUUAUAGAUUAUGGUUAAUUGGUUAUUAGUAUAAUACCAAAAGUGUGGUAUAACAAUUAGAAAAAAGUAACAUAAUAUAGAAGUGAGAGUCAUUGGGAGCAAAUGAGAGAGGCAUAUUUUAAGAUGGCCCUGGUCAUUUGGAUUGUCUCAACACUCCUUUAUUUAUUGAAAGAGACAGAGUUAGUUAAGGUGGCAGUGGUGGUAUAGUUUAUCAACCCGCCAUUUUUUCAACUUUUAAUUUUGCUAUGGAAGUAUCAAGUAUGGUAAUUUCGGGCUUAGCUAUAAAGGUAUAGAAUAGAAAAUAAAAGCAGCAGUAUUUUAGCUUCUAUAUGUCAUUGUAUUCGGCUUUAAGAGGUGAUUCUGUGUAAGAACGAAUGGAAGACAUGGAUGAAUAAAAUAAAAUUAUGUAUUCGGCUUUAAA